AUGCUGGCGUGUUCUGUUACUGCACCCCGAAAUCUUACGGGCUUUGGGUACGGAUGUUGCGCAUCUUCGGCAUAUUGGCAAAAUCAAGUUCACAGAAUCAACAAGCCGAUAGUAGAAGAAUCACCUACAUCUGGAUCUACCUAG